AUGAAGAAGAAAACUAUAUAUGCCCUAAAUGUGGACGAUCAGGACUAUGAAGAUAUGCAAGGUGAAGAAGACAAAGAAAAUACUGCUACCACUAGUGUGUUGUACAGUGAAGCUGAUAGAUGUCCAAUAUGUCUCAGUUGCCUGUUAGAGAAGGAAAUUGGUUUUCCAGAAAGCUGUAAUCAUGUCUUCUGCUUGACCUGUAUUCUUAAAUGGGCAGAGACACUGCCUUCAUGUCCUAUUGACCGGAAACCUUUUCAGGCGGUGUUUAAAUUCAGUGUAUCAGAAGGUUGUGUUAAGGUUCAAGUAAAAAGACAGUUGAAAGAAACAAAUGACAAGAAAAAUGAAAGCUCUUUUAAGAAGCAGCUAUCCUGUCAGGAAAAUUCUAAAAGCUGUAUGAGAAAAAAGAUCAUAAGAGAAGAUCUAUUAAGUGCAAAACUUUAUGACUUGAAGAUGAUACACAGAAACUCUAAAUACAAUGAAAUGGGAGGAAAGAAAAAUUCAAUAAUAAAGACAAACAAGCCUCGAGGAUCAAAUCCAUGUACAAAUCAGUGCUUCAGGAAUUUUUCCUCCAAUGUCUUUUCUUCUAGUUACACUGGAGAAUCUUCUUUUGCCUAUACGGCUUACUGUACAGAAUUUAUAGAAGUCAAUGAAGUCAGUGCUUUGAUUAGGCAGAAGAGACAGGAACUGGAAUUGUCAUGGUUUCCUGAUACAUUACCUGGAAUUGGAAGAAUUAGUUUUAUACCCUGCAAUAUUGAAAUAGAAGUCCUUCCUCUCAUCUCUUCUGUGUUGCCAAGAACUAUUCUUCCAACAAGUACCAUAUCUUUAGAAAAUUUUGGUACUUCUUGCAAAGGCUAUGCAUUAGCACAUACUCAAGAAGGGGAAGAGAAGAAGCAAACUUCUGGUACCUCAAACACCAGAGGAUCAAGACGAAAACCUGCAGCAGCAACACCUACAAGAAGAUCUACACGUAACACAAGAGCUGAACCAGUCAGUCAGUCUCAGAGAUCCCCAGUAUCAAAUAUUUCUGGGUGUGAUGCCCCAGAUAACAAUAAUCCAUCUGUAAGUGUUUCCUCUUCAGGUGAGUCAGAGAAGCAAACAAGGCAGGCUCCAAAACGGAAGUCUGUAAGAAGAGGAAGAAAACUACCUUUAUUGAAAAAGAAACUUCGAAGCUCUGUGCCUACCCCUGAAAAAUCAUCUUCCGGUGAUUCAGUUGAUGAAGAAGUAGCAGAACCUGACAUACCACCUGAGUUAGAGAAAGAACACCAAUCAGAUGUAGAAAGUAUUAACACUGUGCAGAUAAAUGUAGAAGAUGAGUCUGCUAAUGGCUUAAGAAGUUGCAGUGAGCCAUUAAAAGAGAGUGAAGAAUGUGCUGAGACCCAUGAUACAGAGGAAAGAGUAGAAACUUUACAUUCUGAGUCUGGUACCCAAGAUCCUCCUGUGUUAUUUGGAGGGGAGGAGGAAAUUCAAGAAGUUGAGAAUACAGGUAUAGAAGUUAAUGUUUUAUGUCUGGAAGGUGAGAUUUCUGCAAGUACUUCCAAAAAAGGAAGUGAUUCAUUGGGAAAUCAAGACCCAGUAGCUGAACCUUCAGAAUCAGAAAUAAAAGCAGAUAUAUGUAUAGAUCAUGCUCCAAAUGAUUCUCUUACAUGUUCAGGAUCUGAAAUUGAAGUGUACCAACCCGCAUCAAGCUUAGGUGAGUUACCUGAGAAUGCGGAGUCAAUAGUUAAUGAAGAAAAAGUUAUGGAGAGUCCUGUAGUAAAUAUUAUUGAUCAUAGAGAUUCUACAGUAAAAACAGAACAGCUUAUUGACAGUCCCAAAUUAGAAUCUUCAGAGGGUGGAGUUACACAAGCAGUGGACAGAAAAUCUAUUGAGAGUUUAGAGGUUCAUUUGCUUGGGCAUGAUGAAAAUGAAGAUGCAGACAUAAUUGCAACAUGUGAUACUUCAGGGAAUGAAACUCUGAAUAGUAUUCAAGACUCUGAAAAUAGUUUAUUAAAAAAAAAUCUUAACACCAAAUUGGACAAAUCUUUAGAAGAAAAGACUGAAUCUUUGGUUGAACAUCCCAGAUCUACAGAAUUGCCUAAAACACACGUUGCACUGAUUCAGAAGCAUUUUAGUGAGGAUAAUAAUGAAAUGAUACCUAUGGAAUGUGAUUCAUUUUGCAGUGACCAAAAUGAAUCCGAAAUCGAUCCAUCUUUAAAUGCUGAUGCUAAACAAGUAAGUGAAAAUUCUGUGGAGCACAGUUCCCAAAAGAAUAUGUCAUCUUCUGAUCCUCCAAAUGAAAAGGUUGAAACUGUAUCUCAGCCAUCUGAAAACCCAGUAGAUGUGACAGAUAAAGCCAAAAAGCCUCGUACGCGAAGAUCUAGAUUUCACUCUCCGUCUACAACUUGGUCUCCCAACAAAGACACUGCCUGGGAAAAGAAGCGGUCUCAGUCUCCGUCUCCUAAAAGAGAAACUGGAAAAGAUAGCAGGAAGUCUCGAUCACCAUCUCCUAAGAAAGAAUCUGUUAGAGGACGGAGAAAAUCUCGUUCUCAGUCCCCCAAAAAGGAUAGUGCAAGAGAAAGGAGGAGAUCUCAGUCUCGGUCUCCAAAAAGAGAUAGUGCUAAGGAAGGCAAAAGAUCUGAGUCUCUCUCCCCAAAAAGAGAGAACAGAAGAUCUCAGUCGAGAGUGAAAGAUUCCUCCCCAAGAGAAAAAUCCAGGUCCCGGAGCAGAGAAAAAGAGAGUGAUAGAGAUGGGUCAAGAAGAGACCGAGAUAGAGAAAGGAGAAUGAGAAGGUGGUCUCGAUCCAGAUCACGGUCAAGGUCACCAUCAAGAUCUAGAACAAAAUGUAAGGGUUCAUCAUUUGGUAGAAAUGACAGGAACAGUUACUCUCCUCGAUGGAAAGAAAGAUGGGCAAAUGAUGGUUGGAGAUGUCCACGAGGGAAUGAUCGAUACAGAAAGAGUGACUCAGAGAAACAGAAUGAAAAUACAAGAAAAGAAAAAAAUGACAUCAGUCCAGAUGCUGAUGAUUCAAAUUCUGCUGACAAACAUAGAAAUGACUGUCCCACUUGGGUAACAGAAAAAAUAAAUUCUGGGCCUGAUCCGAGGACCAGAAAUCCAGAAAAGUUAAAAGAUUCUCAUUGGGAAGAAAAUAGAAAUGAGAAUUCAGGGAAUUCUUGGAAUAAAAACUUUAGUUCAGCUUGGAUGUCUAACCGUGGUAGAGGUAACCGUGGUAGAGGUAACCAUAGAGGUGGUUUUGCCUAUACAGAUCAAAAUGAAAACAGGUGGCAAAACCGAAAACCCCUCUCAGGGAAUUCAAAUAGUUCAGGGAAUGAGACUUUCAAAUUUGUGGAGCAGCAACCCUAUAAACGGAAAAGUGAGCAAGAGUUCUCCUUUGAUACACCAGCCGAUAGGUCGGGGUGGACAUCUGCAUCGAGUUGGGCUGUGAGAAAGACUCUGCCAGCAGAUGUACAGAACUAUUACUCGAGACGAGGGAGGAAUUCUUCAGGCCCGCAGUCUGGAUGGAUGAGGCAAGACGAGGAAACAGCUGAACAGGAGUCUAAUCUGAAAGAUCAAACAAACCAACAAGGUGAUGGUUCUCAGCUACCUAUAAAUAUGAUGCAGCCACAAAUGAAUGCAAUGCAGCAGCACAUGAGUGCACACCAGCCUGUGAACAUGUUUCCGUAUCCAGUGGGUGUUCCUGCUCCUUUGAUGAACAUGCAGCGCAGUCCGUUCAGCAUUCAUCCUCAGCUGCCCUUGCACCUACACACCGGAGUACCUCUCAUGCAGGUGGCGGCUCCUAGCGGAGUAUCUCAGGGACUGCCGCCACCGCCGCCCCCUCCCCCACCAUCCCAGCAAGUCAGCUACAUUGCUUCACAGCCGGAUGGAAAGCAGUUGCAGGGUAUUCCUAGUGCUUCUCAUGUAAGUAGUAACAUGAGUACACCAGUCUUGCCUGCUCCGACAGCAGCCCCAGGAAAUAUGGGAACAGUUCAGGGACCAAGUUCUGGUAAUACUGCGUCAUCAAGUCACAGCAAAGCUUCUAAUGCUGCUGUAAAAUUGGCGGAAAGCAAAGUAAGUGUUACAGUGGAAGCCAGCGCAGAUAGCUCGAAGACAGACAAGAAACUGCAAAUUCAAGAAAAAGCAGCACAGGAGGUAAAAUUGGCCAUUAAGCCAUUUUAUCAAAAUAAAGAUAUCACCAAGGAAGAAUAUAAAGAGAUUGUACGGAAAGCAGUAGAUAAAGUGUGUCAUAGUAAGAGUGGAGAAGUAAAUUCUACUAAAGUGGCAAAUCUGGUUAAAGCCUAUGUAGACAAAUACAAAUAUUCACGGAAGGGAAGCCAAAAGAAAACUCUGGAAGAACCUAUGUCUGCUGAUAAAAACGUGUGCUGA